CGGUUACCGCUGUGGUGUGCACGACCCGCAGGGCUGUUUGACAGGCUCUCUGGACACAGAGAGACAAGUCGCCUCACCGUGACACGCUGGCUGCAUCAUACCGACUUUGACCUAACAGCAGAUUACGGGGUACGGAAAUGAUCGUCUCCUGUGUACCGUCAUCAACAUAAUUGAGUUUGCUUCAAGGACCAUAUGCUAUUCUGCCUUAUUCUGUCCUUGUUAAUAAGCUUGUGGCAGCAUCCACAGAAUGCUGUAUUGAACUAGACAGAUAUUGGUUUGUAACGGGAUUGAGAAUCGCAGUGACAGAGGACAGACGCUCGGACGUUAUGGUGAAUACAUAAAUUAGAAACCCUAUCGCAACAUUUAGAUUACCACUGGAUCUAUACUCUUCAUUUUGUGAGGAGCCAAGAUUGUCAAUGAGAGCUGUAUCAGACCGAUUCUUAUUUCAGAGUUGCGUCUUUCCAUUAGGUUCAGACAAAUAUUUCCGUAUAUGCGGUAACGGAUUGUAUUCGACUCUCCCGUGGAUUACUCUCUUAUGACUCCUAUUUGAGACAGUGUAGUGUAAUUUCAGAAAACCCCAUGCAGUGGUACAACUUGUUCACUACUCAUCAUUGGUCCUCUUCUCUCCCCUUGGAUCUUUAUGUAUGCUGCAGUGGGCUCUGACAUAAAUAUGGUGAGCCUCGACCUCCUUCACAGACCGUCACGGUGAAUGGAUGGACACACAAAGGCACAAGGAUCUCAGCUCAGAGAGUGAAUUAAAGCCUCUUCCAUCUGCACAGCGGGGGAAAGGGCCUCUGUGGAGCCGGGAAGGCACAAGCCAGAGGUCGAUAGCGAGAGAGAAGUAAUGCUGCUUCGGUGAUUGUCUUUCAGUCUGAGCCACUCACCUUUCCUGCCAUGGCGCUACGGUCAGCUCUCUGUCCUCCUGAUGCUCUCUCAGUGGGAACGUAGAGAGACACACACUGGAGACACACUCUCCAGCUCCACACACACCCACACACCUCCACGAGGAGUGUGGACAGACCUCAUGCAGAGAUCUCAUACACACACACACUCAGGAGCACAACACACCUUUGUUGUAUGUUUUAGCCUGAUAGGUCAUUAUUUGUCCCUUCCCAGAAUUGGAUUAAGAUUUUAUAUUGUGACCCUCUCUGCUGUUUGAUUGGACCUCUCAGAAGCUUUAGGGUUGUUGUCCUGCUGCUUUAUGGUUGUGUCUCUCUGGGACGUUGUGACUGAGCGGCAGGUAGAGCCAGCAUGGCUAGGUCUUUGCUGAAGAUUCAGCGCUACUUCCGGAGGAAACCUGUGCGCUUCUUCUCCUUCAUCCUCCUCUACCUGACAGCCGGGAGCCUGGUGUUCCUGCACUCUGGCUUCGUAAGGGACAACUCCACGGGGGCCAAUGGGGGCCGGGACCCCCUGGUGGCGUCUGAGAUGGGGAACAGGGUGGCCUCCUCAGAUGACCGGCGGGUAGGGAUGAUGGGAAGGGUGUUCAAGGAGAACCACAGACCCACCCCGAGGAGGUACGGCCCUCCAUGGAUGAAAGGAGCUGCUGGGAAGGACAGCCAUGAUUGGAGGGCCCGGGGAGGUGACUACACAAGCAGCUGGAACCGCGCCCUCAAAGGACGCAACGCCAAAGAUCUGGACGACGGACGGGCGAAUUACAUCGGCUGCUAUAUAGACAACACGGCGCAAAGAGCACUCAGGGGAGUGUCCUUUUUUGACUACAAGAAAAUGACGGUCUUCCGUUGCCAGGACAACUGUGCUGAAAGGGGAUAUCUGUAUUCAGGCCUAGAGUUUGGGGCGGAGUGCUACUGUGGCCACAAGAUCCAGGCCCCCAAUGCAUCUGAGAGUGAAUGCAACAUGGAGUGUAAGGGUGAGAAGGGCAACCUGUGUGGAGGGGCCAACCGCCUGUCAAUCUACAGACUGGAGCUGAGCCAGGAGUCAGCGCGCCGUUAUGGGAGUGCCAUCUUUAAGGGGUGCUUCCACAGACCUGACAACGUCACCCUCGCCCUGCCCAUCAGCGCUGUCAUCCAGAACAUGUCAGUGGAGAAGUGUGUGGACUUUUGCACAGAGAAGGAGCUGUCCCUAGCGGUUCUAGCUGGAGACAGGUGUCUCUGUGGGUUCCCCACCCCCCACUUCUCCCUCCAUGAGAUGGAGGAUGAGGAAAUGUGCCUGCACCGCUGCCAUGGUGAAGAGUUUGAGAGCUGUGGGAAUGACAAGUACUUUGUGGUGUACCAGACACAAGUUCAAGAUAACCGUUGUAUGGACCGGCACUUCCUGCCCACGCGCUCCAAGCAGCUGAUGGCCCUGGCCAGCUUCCCUGGGGCUGGCAACACCUGGGCCCGCCACCUCAUAGAGCUGGCCACUGGCUUCUACACAGGCAGCUACUACUUUGAUGGCUCCCUCUACAACAAAGGCUUCAAAGGUGAGCGAGACCAUUGGCGGAGUGGUAGGAACGUCUGCAUUAAAACACAUGAGAGCGGCAAGAAGGAGAUUGAAGCCUUUGACGCCAGCAUCGUCAUGAUCCGCAACCCUUAUAAAGCCCUCAUGGCUGAGUUCAACCGCAAAUACGGCGGCCAUAUUGGAUUUGCCUCACAGGCCCACUGGAGAGGGAAAGAGUGGCCUGAGUUUGUGAAGAACUAUGCUCCUUGGUGGGCAUCCCACACACUGGACUGGCUGCGUUAUGGGAGGAACGUCCACGUGGUCCACUUUGAAGAGCUGAAGAGGGAACUGUUCUCCAAGCUCAAGGACAUGGUCCUGUUUCUGGGCCUGGAGGUGGCCGAGGACCGCCUUCUCUGUGUAGAGGGACAGAAGGAUGGCAACUUCAAGCGCUCUGGCCUGCGUAAGCUGGAGUACGACCCGUACACACCCGAGAUGCGUGCUAGCAUUGACGAACUGGUCAUGACUGUAGACGCUGCCCUUAAGAAGAGGAACAUGGCCGGGGUGCCCAAGGAGUACCGACCAACUUCGAGAUGAUAUGAUCUCCUUUCCCUCUCGCUCUCUCUUUCUCACUCUGUUAUUAUAUCUCUUCCCUUUGCACAUAUUGUUCUGGGAUCAAUGGCAUCCAUGUCCAAAAAUUCACAUGAACUGAAAAUCUAUGUGUAGGAAAUACGUUUGUAUUUAAAGUACUUCCCUAUUCCUCUCCACCUCUUUAUUUGUCUCCUUAUUUCUCACAUCCCUUUUUCUUUAUUAGUUUAACUGGCUGAUUAUGACAACAGCAUCAUGAUGUAUAGUGCUUUAGAAAUGACAUUUAGCUACUUGGCUGAUGAACAUGGAUUCAUUGGGGAACUCAAAUAAGGACCAAUGAGAAGCACUUCCCCCUCUAUGCACAUGUAUUUGUUGUGCACUAUGACUUAACAUUAAGGUACAGUAGCUGUGUUGGAAGCACAUCCAAGUACAUAAUGGUUGGAUUACUGUCAGUUGACCAAAAGGAGCAAAUUCCUGUUAAUCUGAAAGUGAUGAUUAAAAAGAACUGUAAGAAGUCUGUGUAUGCAUAAUGUAUGUUAUUGAAUAGGAUCUGCUGCUAUCACAGAUUAGAAUAACAAAUACUCUUUCAUGAAAUGGUUUAAAAAUGGUCACUAAACCUUUUAAUGGUCUGUCAUUUUCUGACUAAAUGUUUUGUUUUGUUAGAGCUGAAAUAUACUAUAUGUAUACUUCCGUUUGCUGAAAACUGUGUAUUUGAAAGCUACUGAACUUCAAAUGAGGAUGUGGUCCAAACCAGUGCCUUAGAUGGCUGCAACACUCAGGAUCCAAUCCGUGACUUGGUUGGAGAAAGCAACCAACCAAGUUUGCGAAAGCAAACAAGGCCUAGAUUGAAUCAGAUAAAGAAUUAACUGGUGAUAGCAGACACCCAAAUAGAGGAUGAUUUGGCAUGUCAGAGGUGGAACUGCAUUGGAGCCUUCAAAUCGGUGAGCAGCUGCUCUUGCGAUCAUUGUCAUGAAGCAACACCCGCCCCACUCAAGUCAGAAGUUCAGAACGAGAAAGUGUAGGCUAUAUAAGAAAUAAUUACGUUCAAAUGUAAAAAAUCUUUAAAUAAAAUAAUGAGGGUUUCUAUCAUCCUAAUGAAGGUGUAGAUUACAUCUCACAUUCCAGUGUUCUAAUUUUUGGAACAAUGCUGCAUAGGGUUUCUGAUAAUGCGACUCUGCGAUCCAAUGGCAAUGUCUGUGUUAGGUAUAAUGCCAGGAGCCACUUGUGGCUUUGCUGGCUGAGUGGAUUUGACAGCUCUAACCGCUAUCGGAUAUUGGCUAAAGCGGAUCUGAUUGAAUAGAGCCAAGUCCACCUAGAAGAGGCAGUGAAUGGGACUGAACACUCGUCUCUCCAUCCAUCCCUGCGGACACACCAUGAGGACAGGUCUCCCCACUCUUCUCCUCACUCUUCAGCAGUAUUCCUAUGAGGAGAGCCUGGGGUGAUACAGCACGAUCAUACAGCAUCUCUAGUUUUCUGGAGCAUUGGCCUCACAUAACUGUGCUGUAUCAGUCCUACUGAUGUAUUAUACAGAAGUCCUUUUGGUUACUGACAACAGCUCUGGAACACUGAAUAUUAAACCCUCUAUAGUUUGUUUUGACCAACAGGCUCAAUGGAACAUUCCUGCCUCUUGUCAAGACAGCCCUUUCAAUAACUAGCCUUGAUUCUACUGAUCAACUCAUCGACUGCUUGUUCAUCCGUCUCGUCAGAGGUGGUCAGCUAACCACACUGUGCACAAUGAAUUUAUUGUGGAUUCAUUGAACGUUAUUUUCUGUAAACAGCUCUAUUUCGUAUCUACCACUUCUGCUAAAUGACUCUGCAGAACCAGUAUUUUUUUUCUCAAAAUGGUGGCCUUAUUGCUUAAUAAACUGGUCACUUAAUCCAUCACCAGACGCACUAGUGUUGAGAGUGUUCUGAAAACAAAAUACCAAGGUUCUAGUUAUGCAAUUAAUGCAACUGCUGUGUCUGAAAUGAUAGAAUGCUUGAGAACUCAAACAGAUUUCCAUUGGACUAAUACAUUGGACUAAUACAUUGGACUAAUACAGUGCCUUCAGAAAGUAUUAAUACUUGUUCCACAUGUUGUUGGGUUACUGCAUGAAUUAAAAAUGGAUUACAUUAAUUUCUCACCCAUCUACACACAAUACACCAUAAUGACAAACUGAAAAUAUGCUUUUAGAAAUUUUUGCAAAUUUAUUGAAAAUGAAAUACAGAAAUAUCUCAUUUACAUAAGUAUUCGCACUUUGUAGAUUGCACCUUUGGUGGCAAUUACACCUGGUUAAGUCUCUAAGUUCUUUCCAGACCUGGAUUGUGCAACAUUUGCCCAUUAUUCUUUUUUAAAUUCUUCAAGCUCUGUCAAAUUGGUUGUAGAUCGUUGUUUGACAACCAUUUUCAGGGCUUGCCAUAGAUUCUAAGUAGAUUUAAAUCAAAACUGUAACUCAGCCACUCAGGAACAUUAACUAUUUUCUUGGUAAAGCAACUCCAUUGUAGAUUUGGCCUUGAGUUUUAGGUUAUUGUCCUGGUGAAAGGUGAGUUCAUCUACCAUUGUCGGGUGGAAACCAGACUGAACCAGGUUUUCCUCUAGGAUUUUGCAUGUGCUCAGUUCCAUUCCAUUUCUUUUUAUCCUGAAAAGCUCCCCAGUCCUUAACGAUUACUAGCAUACACUUAACAUGAUGCAGCCACCACUAUGAUUGAAGAUAUGAGAGUGGUACUCAGUAAUGUGUAGUAUUGAUUUUCCAUAAUAAUAACACUUUGUAUUCUGGACAAAAAGUUAAUUGCUUUGCCAAUUGUUUUGCAGUAUUACUUUAGUGCCUUGUUAAAAACAUGAUGGAUGUUUUGGAAUAUUUGUAUUCUGUACAGGCUUCCUUAUUUUCACUAUGUCAAUUUGGUUAGUAUUGUGGAGCAACUACAAUGUUCUUGAUCCAUCCUCAGUUUUCUCCUAUCACAGCAAUUAAACUCUAACUGUUUUAAAGUCA